AUGUCGACUAAUGAUAAUGAUAUAGUAAUCAGUGGUAUGAGUGGUCGGUUCCCAUUAUCUGAUAAUAUCGAUGAAUUUGCUGACAAUCUAUACAAUGGUAUAGAUAUGAUUACAGAGGACGACACCCGUUGGCCAUUAGAUCUGUAUGGUAUGUGUCAGCGUAUGGGAAAAGUCAGAAAUAUUGACAAAUUUGACGGAUUUUUCUUCGGAUUAAUGCAACAAUUGGUCGACGAAAUUGAUCCGCAAUCGAGAAUAUUGUUGGAAACAACUUACGAGGCUAUAGUUGACGCCGGCAUAAAUCCGCAAUCGCUUCGUGGAUCGCGAACCGGCGUCUAUAUCGGUGUUUCCUUAUACGCCUGUAUUGAAGGUCUACCGGAGGAACUGCAGCCCGAUUUGCGAUCCAAUAAACAGCAAACAUUGUUGCAAACAAUGGGCAACCAAAAAGGUUUGCAAGCAAAUCGGGUAUCCUAUGUGUUUGAUUUUAAGGGUCCGUCAAUGGUAGUCGAUACGGCCUGUUCGGCCAGUCUGGCCGCUGUCAAUCUGGCUGUUAACGAUCUGAAACUCGGCAACAUUGACUAUGCCAUAGUUGGCGGUACGCACAUGACAUUUGAACCGUUUGUCAGCCAAAUCGGUCAGGAAGUGAGUCUGUGUUCGCCGCGCGGUGUGUCGGCAGUGUUGGAUCAAAACGCCGACGGCUUUGUCAAAGCUGACGGUGUGGCCAGUGUACUGAUGCAGCACCGACAUCGGGCCAAACGCGUCUACGGCCAGGUGUUGGCAUCGAGACUCAACAUCGACGGCAAGAAAACCAGAGGAAUGUUUUUCCCGUCGGCUGAGUCUCAACAGGAUCUGAUGGUCAUGACCUACAAGGAGGCCAAUGUCGACCCGUUGACUGUUAACUAUAUUGAGGCUCACUGUACGGGAACACGGGCAGGUGAUCCGCAAGAGGUUAGCGCUAUCUAUAAUGCUUACUGUGCACUGCCUGGCCGUCGGGAACCGUUACCAUUGGGUCUGUUGAAGAGUAACAUUGGCCACACCGAAGGCUGUUCGGGUAUGGCAUCCAUAAUCAAAGUGUUGAUAUCGUUUGAAAAUGAAUGCAUUCCUCCGAAUAUCAACUUAAGACAAAUCAAAGACGAAUGCAAACAAUACUGUCCGCCAUUGUAUCCAAAUACCGAAAAAUUGCCGUACAAUCCAUGCAUAGCUGGAGUCAAUAACUUCGGUAUCGGCGGUGUUAACGGACACGUACUGAUCAAAUGUAAUGAUAAACUGGCCGAUGAUGAGGUCAACUUGAAAAUAGCUGAACCCAUACCGCGUAUUGUAAACAUCUGCGGCCGCACUGAAGCCGGCAUUCAACACGUGUUUGACUUUAUUGAGAAAACCCCUCAUAAAAUCACGCGCGACUUUUUGGCCCUUUUGACUGAUACUAUGAAAGUCAGUCCCAGUGUUAAUUCAGCCGGAUUUCCCUACAGAGUUUUUAAUGAAAAAACUGUAAGACCUGUUUGGCUAUUGUUCUCGGGUUUGGGCGGACAAUGGCCUGCAAUGGCUAAGGCUUUAAUGCCAAUCGAUAUUUUCAGAAAUAAAGUCGAAGAAUGUCAUCAAAUAUUACUUGAAUUUAAUGUCGAUUUAAAACAUUGGUUACUCUCUGAAGACAACACUUCCAUCUCAACAAUGACUUCUAAGUUCUGUACGACAACUGCUAUAGAGUUGGCGUUGUUUGAUGUGAUUAAAGCAUUGGAUAUCAAUGUCGACGGUAUUAUUGGACAUUCAUUUGGUGAGAUAGCCUGUGCUUACGCUGACGGAUGUCUGACCACAAAAGAGGCAAUGAUUGUAUCAUACUUUAGAGGAGCCGUUACUGAAAAUGAUAAGAAAAUACCAAAAGGUUUGAUGGCUGUCGUGGGUUUGUCUAGAAAUGAAGUGAAAAAAUUGUGUCCACAAGGAGUGUAUGUGGUCUGCAAUAAUGCCAAAGACAAUGUUGUCGUAUCUGGUGAAUCCUCUUUAGUUAAACAAAUGAUUGAUGAUCUCAAUGGCCGAGAAGUGUUUGUUCGUCUUCUUGAAAGCAAUGAAAUCCCAUAUCAUUCAUCAUAUUUGCAAUCAUCGGCCAAACCAAUGACGGCAAACAUCAAAAAGUAUUUACCAAAACCACGGCUAAGAUCUAAGAAAUGGUUGUCGACGGCUGUGUUGGAAACGGAGCCAAAAGACGACGGCCUUCGGUACGCGUCGGCCGAGUAUUUUGUACACAAUCUGCUAAAUCCGGUUCACUUUUACGACAAACUUCAAGAGCUGCCAUCGGAUGCCAUUGUCAUUGAAUUAGGUCCGCAUUCAGUAUUUGAAAAAGUAGUCAAACGGACACUCAAUGACUGUAGAUAUUUGUCGACAAUAAAAAAACAUUCAAACGAUACAAAUUUGGACCGAUUUUUGUCGACCAUUGCCGCACUCUAUGAGUUGGGUCUGAAUCCGGCUAUUGAACGACUAUAUCCGUCUAUCGGGUGGCCAGUUAGCCGAAAUACUCAGUCAAUUGGUUCGCUAAUACGUUGGGAUCACAAACAAUCAUACGCUGUACGCAAAUAUCCCGAAUAUUUUUGCAGAGCCACGGCUUCCGACUUUAAUUUUACAAUAAAUAUUGCCUUCAAAGAUGAAGGCUUUUAUGCCGAUCACUGUAUUGAUGGUAAUCUGCUAUUUCCGGCCACUGGCUAUCUGUUGCUUGCGUGGCGACACUUUGCCGCCCACAGAGGCCGUACAUGGAUGCAGACACCAGUAGUAUUUGAAAACAUACAGUUUCGGCGGCCAGUAUUUUUAUCGGAGUCGACGGCCACUAGACUUAAGGUCAGGUAUUUUGAAAACACAGGUGAUUUUGUUAUAUUGGAAAAUUCAAACGUUACGUGUGUGGGCAAAGUACGGGCCCCACCCAUCAGCGAUGACUUUCUAAUAUGUCAACAAUAUGUCAAUGAUGGCCAAGUAGUUGAUGAUAACGACAAUAAUGAUGAGCUGACAUUAAACAGAGACGAUAUCUAUCGGGAGUUACGUAUUAUGGGCUAUGAUUACGGGAAAGAGUUUCAACGUUUGCUUGAGGUUAGGACCGAGACGUUUGGCGAACUCCGCGGUCUUAUCGAAUGGAAUGGUAAUAUCAUAACAUUCCUCGACAGUAUGUUACAGUCAAUGGCAUUGGCCAUACCGUUUCGCAAGAUGAUGGUACCCGUAAUGAUCAGAUCGUUGCGUAUUGAUCCCAAUGUUUUCUUUGCGGCCAUUGUCAACAAUAGAGUGUCGUCAUCGGGAUCGGCGGCGGCGGCGGAGGACAAUGACCUGGAGGACCACUACGAAGCUGAAUUGGCCCAGUUAUCAACAAUGCAAACUGAUCAGGGUGAAACGGCCAGUGCUUUCCUAACCGAUUCAGAUAAACAAGAUUUGAAACAAUAUUUUUAUCACAGAUUUUAUUUGUAUAAAUCUGUUCAACCGUUUUAUUUUGAUUCCGAGUGCCGGCUACUGGUUAGUCCGGGUAUUGAAGUGGAAAAUGUUAUGGCAUUUCCGAUACCACGUAAAUCGGAUACUAACGAUCUGAAACUGGAUUCCUAUGGAUUUGUUGCCAAUCAUGACAUUCAAGCCAUCGAUGACUAUCAGCGGACAAAUUUGAAUCAGUAUUUAGAGAUUUGCAAAUCGCUUGCCAUCAAAAUCAAAGGACUUGGUCUGAAACAUAUCAAAUAUAAUAAUAAUAAUAAUCAGAAAAAACUUACUGAUAAUGAAUUGAAGAAAUUCUUGUCAGAUAUUCAAACAAAUUCUUUCACUGAAGAGUUUAAUAUAUCUAAAGACAUCACUAAUGAGAUCUCGAAGAAUGAAUGCUUUAUACGAACACUCGUUGAUAUUGUUUGCGAAAAUUUUGUACCAAAAAAACAAUUGAAAAUUGUUGAGAUUAAUCAAACUUCGUGUCCAUUGAUGGCCAAAGAAGUGGAACAGUAUGUCAACAAUUGUCACAUCUAUACUGUCGAUGUUGACUAUAAAGUUGUGGUCAAAUCAAAACAAUCCAUGAUUAACGAUAGUGUAUAUAAGGACAGGGCUAUUGAAUGGGAUGCCAGUCUAGGAGGUGAUACCAUAGCCAUUGAUGUUACGUCAGCUGAUCUGUGUAUCGUCAGAGAUAGUCCAGAGUUAUGGCUAAUUGAUUUGGAUUUGUUUGUCCAAUCAAUUGUAGACUUGGUUGUGGUUAAAGGUUUCAUAUUAGUUGUAUUCAAGUAUCGAUUUACCGAACCGGAGGUUUCACUGAACUCUUUGUUUGACCGAACCGUUAGUCCAGAUGAUGCCGAUCUUGACAAACGUAUCAAUAGUUUUCUUGCAGCUGCCAAUCGCCAAGGUUUGGCACUUAUAGCUACCAAAUGCGACAGUAUUUGUUCACAUGGUUUCCUAUUCAGAAAACUACCUGUCCAUCAAACAUUGUUAUCAUCAGCCAGUAUUCUGCCUACAGAUAACAAUAUAAUUAGUAUUACAUCACAAUAUGAUCAAUGGUUUGAUAAAUUAAAAGAUAAGCUAAAUGUAUGCAAAGAUGAUGAUAAUUGUGAUGACACUGUAUGGCUGAUUGCUUCCGAUGGCAAUGUUGUUAACGGUAUUUUAGGAUUAGUUAACUGUCUUCGACUGGAACCGGGAGGCGAUAGGUUGAGAUGUUUGUUUGUUUACGAUGAUGACGAUGAAAAUCAUUGCCAAACAACAAUUGAUUUUCAUAGUAAACCUUAUUAUGAUAUAUUUGUCAACGAUUUGGUUAUCAAUGUUAUUAAAAACAACAACAACAACAUUAUAACAACUAUACCAACCAUCGGAACCUAUAGAUACCAGAGAUUAGCUAAAAAUUAUGAUAAGACAACUACUGAUAAAUACUUUCUAAAUAUCUCACAAACCAGAGACCUGUCGAGUCUUCAAUGGUUUGAUUCGACAUCUAUUGAGUCGACAAACAAAAGUCAAGUGUUUGACAUCAAUAAUAAUUUAACAAAUCUUAUCGAUUGUAAUAUCUAUAGUUCUGGCUUAACAUUUCACGAUGUUUUGGUUGCCACUGGUCGUAUACCAAGUGGACCACAACUCCUAUUCACUGAUUGUCUAAUUGGUUGCGAGUUUGCCGGCCGUCGUUUAGACACUGGAGGCGAACGGGUUAUGGGCUUUGAAAUGACCCGAUGUUUUGCUACAACUAUAAGUGCUAAUGAAAAAAGUAUAACUAAUAUACCGAAUCACUGGUCAAUGGACGAUGCGGUCACUAUAUUGAGCACAUAUAGCACCGUAUGGUAUGGUCUGAUAGAAAGGGCUCAUUUAAAGAGAAAUGAAAGUAUUUUAAUACAUUCGGGUGCUGGAGGUGUGGGUCAGGCGGCCAUAAAUAUAUGCCAAUACUAUAACUGCGAUAUCUAUGUGACGGUUGGAACUGAAGACAAAAAACAGUUUCUUAUCAAUGAAUAUAAUAUUUCUGAAAACAAAAUAUUCAGUUCAAGAGAUAUUAUGUUUAAAUAUAGGAUACUAUCGCUGACUAAGGGAAAGGGUGUCGACUUAGUGUUGAAUUCAUUGGCCGGCGAGAAAUUGGACGCCAGCUAUGAGUGUAUUGCAAACGGCGGCCGAUUUGUUGAACUCGGAAAAUAUGAUUUAGUACUUAACAAACAGUUAGGUAUGUUUGACUUUUUGAGAGACAUAUCGUUUAUUGGUGUCGCCGUCGAUAUCUGUCUGAUGGAAAAACAGGAUUUUGCCAUCAAUUUCUUUGAUUGGAUGCACAAAAACUCUUCAAAUGGAUGUAUUAAACCAUUAAAUAGGACUGUGUUUGGUGUUAACGAAGCGGAAAAGGCGUUCAGAUAUAUGACAACCGGUAAACACAUCGGAAAAGUUAUUAUUAAGAUUAGAGAUGAAGAAUCCGAUAGAAAUGCUGCUAAAGAUAUGAAUCCAUCGAUUGAUUUGUUAGUAACAACUAAGACAUACUUUAAUCAAAACAAAGUCUAUAUAAUAACGGGUGGUUUGGGUGGUUGUGGUCUCGAGUUAGUUCAUUGGAUGCUAUAUAUGGGUGCAAAACAAUUUAUAUUGGUAUCGACUAAUGAUUGCGAUACUAUUGAAAGUACGAAAUGGUUGCUAAAAGAGGCCCAACAUUUAGGCCAAAUCGGCGGUGUAUUUCAUUUGGCACUUGUUUUGAAUGAUAGUCUACUGGAAAAUCAAUCGUACGAUAAAUUUUGUUUGACUUCCGAUACUAAACACAAGGUGUUUGCAAACUUGGAUCAAUUGACCCGACAGUUGGACUAUAAAUUAGACUAUUUUACUGUAUUUUCGUCGGUAAUCUGCGGUAAGGGAAACGUCGGUCAAUCUAACUAUGCUUUCGGUAAUUCGUUGUGCGAACGCAUUUGCGAACAAAGACGUCGCGAUGGUCUGCACGGUCUGGCCGUACAAUACGGACCUAUUGGCGAUGUCGGUGUGUUUGCCGAUAAGGCCAGUAGUAGUGACCAACACUUGAUUCAGUUGACAACUAUGCAAACACAACGUAUCAAUUCGUGUUGCGAAGUAUUGGAUAAACUAUUAUCAGUCAGUCAGCCGAUUGUCACAUCAUAUGUAAGAGCCGAACGUAUUGUCCAGACAGGCGGCGGCGGCGGUAAUCGACAAAAGCGAAUGGUCAGAGAGCUGUGGCGGGCGCUGGGCAUCGACCCGGAGACCACACCCGACCAUUUGACACUCGGAGAGAUUGGUAUGGAAUCGAUGUUUGCCGUAGAAUUGCAACAGGAGUUGGACAGGGAGUGGAAUAUCAAGAUGUCUAUCAAUCACGUGAAAAACAUAACCAUCAAAAUGUUGAAGGAUUACGAGUCGGGAAAUGUGGAAAAUAUUAAACGCUAUGUCGAUGAUGUACGUACAGCACGUGCAAAACUAUUGAGAUAUCGAUUUCAAAUACCUCAACAAAAGACUACACUAUUGAAUAAUAUUACCGAAGGAAAACCCGUUUAUUUUAUGCCGACAUUUGAUGGCGGGUUUCGGGCGUUUGAAGAGUUUGCCAAACAAAUCGAUCGGCCAGUAAUUGGCCUGAACUGGACCCGCGAGUUGGACGGGUUGACCACAAUGAAACAAAUCGGUAACUAUUAUAUAGAGUUGUUAAACUCGUUGGCGUCGGCGACGGCGGCAAACGGCAGCUACGAUAUUGUUGGCUACUUUGACGGUGCACUCAUAUCGACCAAACUGUUACGUCGGGCCAACAUCGGUCGGGUUGUACUGUUGGACGUACUGUCCGAAAGUCGAUUCAACGAAGACUACGUCAGCGAUGAUUAUAUACUGGAGUUUAUAUUUGAGUUUAUAUCGUAUGAAAUACCGGAGUCGUUCAGAGAUAAGAUCCGACGGGACAUGAAGUCCGAACAGGACAUUGAUAGUCGGAUACGGAGAGCCUGUACAGAGAUCAAGGAGUUUGCCGGUAAAGGAUUGGUAGCUACAGAUCUUGAAGAUAUUAUCCGGAAUGCCUUCAAACGGGCCAAACUGUUAUCGAGUUAUCGAUUGGAUAAAUUGAAACGAAAAAUGAGAUUUCUGGACAAAUGGCAGACACGGGCGGCCAGAAAGUGGGCAAAACUACGGCACAAAUUGGUUGUUAUUAAGCCGUUUGAGUUCAGCAAUAUUACCGAUGCUGAUGAUGAUGUAGGAGAUGACAGCAACCAAAACGAUUUGAUUACCAGAGCCCGUGAUCUAUACUUUUUGCCGCAACAAUUGCCGGCAAACGAUGAACAGUAUGUUGCUGGUGAUGGUAGUGGUGCCGACAUAUUGUUUGUUAAGGUCGAUGAAUGUCCAUUUGCUGUAUCAUCCGAUAAGAUUGGUCAACAAGUUUUGCAGGCUUUACAAUAUUAA